AUGCCGACUAAGACUCCCAAGAAGCGAACUGUGUCGUGGACCGACAAUACGCGACCCGCGCGCGAGUUCGCGAUGGCAGCCACUGCACAGACCUCUCGAUUGGCGUGCAUCCCAUCUCCAGCCCGCUUCAUCCUUGUGGUCCUAAGCAGUCUCAUUGCGAGCUCCGUUCUGUUCACACUCACGUCCACCUUGACGGUGGGCGAUCUAGGGCCUAUCAGCAAGCACCUUGAAGAAUGGUGGGAAGUGGGGGGCUUGAUAGCCUGGAGGGCUGUGGAGGUCGGAUUAGCCUGGGUUCUAGGAUUUGAUGGCCGUGAUGUGGCAUCGUACUUAUUCCUGACCCACCUGCCCACAUACUCUCUCUUGUCGUUCUUCUACGGCAUCCGCCCGACUUCUGCUCUGAUAGCAUAUGGGGUCACGAUUGUCUCAACGGCGCUUCCCUUCGCCCUCCUGCGCCGGCCCUCGUCCGUUCACAACCUUUCGCAUGCACCUGCUGAUGCAGUUGCCAAUCGAAACAUUCUACAGGACAAGACUAUCACCAUCUUCACGACGCUCUUGGCAACCUCGGUUUUUAGCGUUGUGCUGUAUGCCAGCUAUGCGACUUGGCUUCCUACACAGCUGGUUAUUCACUUCGAGGGUCUCCCGGAUAUCAGCGCGGCGCAUGCUGGUCCGGCCGGCUUGCCUGUACUCUUCCUGACGAUGAUCCCUGCUGGCUGGGCCGCGCGUGACUUUUUAUUUGUCAGCUCCACUGGCUAUCCAACCGCUCCUGGUGGGUCAGCAAGCUGCUGCGAGGGUGAAUAUUUGGCUGCAGCUAUUUGUCGCAACACUUGGGGCAAGUUGUCCACCAAGACGAGAGUUUUAGUUUCUCGGUCCAUUAUUCUUGCGCUUGGAGUCCUACUCAACACGAUUGUUCAAGUGGCCGGCACAAUCAGCGAUGUCUCUAUUGAAGGUGCCGCCACCUGGGGAGCAGUCUGGGCAUUUGCAACGCUGACCGCAGGAGCAACCUUCGGCUGGAUCGAAGCCGUUGAUGGUGUAUGA